CAGAAACAAAGGAUUGCUCACAAGGUGUUGAUAAAAUACUGAAUGACAUCUUUUCCGUAGACAGACUUUUAUAUAAGCAAAGAAGAACAGGUACUGACUCUACACAUCAAACGCAGUUACCAUUCUGAUCAUGACACAGCAAGAAUGUAACAUCGAUAAGAUUAUCAAAUUCCUAUCUGAGUUACAGACUCAGCUAAGUGAUAUACCUCCUGCACCCAAGAAAGCUACUAGUAACAAAAAUGAACAACUAAGCGAAAUAAGUGAGGAUAAGAGACAAUCUUGGUGGGUUCGGGUCAGAGAAAGAGUUAAAAAAAUUGGUAAGAUGAAGAAAGAGGCUUCAAACCAUGCAAGCGACAGUGGAGGCAGUCAAGGUGGAAGCAGAAGAAUGAUGCGAAACAUUGAUGAAGAUCAAGAAGAUGCAGACCUCGCUAUCCGGAAACUGCAGAGUGACAUUCUUCAGAUGAUAACAGCAUUUAGGAACUUGACUGAGUUUCAAACCAAUAUGAGCAAGUCGUUGGAGCUUGAUCUUCGUUCAGCUAAGUUAAGAGCAAUACUACAGAAGACGGAUUCAAUCAGGUCCCGCUCUCACGAUCUCAAAGAAAUCAGAAGAAAAGUCUUCACACUCAAGUGUCAGAUCCCAUCAUUGCUCCACAAACAAUCAUCCAGAGGGACAAGCAUCACAGAUUCUCAAACCGCUGAGGAAAAUGAUGAGAUCAAUGAGACCGGGAAUGACAUAUACUUGCCUGGCCUCCACAUUGCUGAAGAAGAUUUCAAAUGUUCUUCAGCUUUUGAAGAAGUUGUGGAGAAAUUUGAAGGACUUGACUUCCCUCAGAAGCUCUGCUUGCUGUCCUUCGCCGUGUUCCCUGAAGACAAAGAGGUUGAAAGGACAAUGUUGAUGUAUUGGUGGAUCGGAGAAGGUUUCAUCAACUGUGAUGAUUUUGAAAACUCAGUAACCAGAGUUCUUGAUGAAUUCUCAAGAAAAAGAUUAGUUGAGCCGGUCCAAGACGAGAGGAAACUAAUACCACGUAGUUAUAGGAUGGAGCCUCAUGUGCAUUCUGCAGUUAUAUACUUAGCCAAAUCUGUACAUCUAUUUGAACUCUACAGCCACAAAGGGAAGCUUGUCAUGGAAAAAUCAUUAAAAGAAAAGGUCUGCCUAGUAAAAGGUUCCUCGUUGCUAAGAGAGGCAAAAGCAUCUGCAAUGAAACCACAAAACCUGAAGACAGUUUUCAAUUCAUCUGAACGGUACCCUGAUUUCACAUUCAAGUGGUUUCCCUUAAUGAAUUCACUUAGAGUGCUUUAUUUAGGAAGAUGGGAGAGGACAGCUAAACGCCACAUUGAAGUUGAGAGCACAGAGUUUCUUAAAAAGAACAUGAAGUAUCUCAAGAAUCUGAGGCUUGCAAGUUUUCAAGGAAUCUCGAGAAUAGAAAAGCUCGAAAAUUCGAUUUGUGCACUCCCCGAGUUAGUGAUAUUGGAUCUUAAAGCAUGCUACAAUCUUGAGGUUCUUCCUAGCGAUAUAGGCUUAUUUGAGAAACUGAUUUACUUGGAUGUAUCAGAGUGUUAUAUGCUAGACCGCAUGCCUAAGGGGAUUGCAAAGCUCUCAAGAUUACAAGUUUUGAAAGGAUUUGUGAUUAGUGAGUCGGAUCAUGAAAAUGAUUGUGCAGUUAAACACCUGCUGAAUCUGAGGAAGCUAAGCAUAACUGUAAAUAAAAAUUCUUUCACGGUGGAAAGUUUGAUGGAGUCGUUGACAGGCCUCAAGCAACUUGAGAGUCUGAAAAUUUCGUGGGGAUUUAGAUUUCGUCAAGAUGGCCAAGAAGGAGAAAAGAGUGAAGAAGAAAGUAAUGAAGCAGAUGAGAAGGAGAAGCAAGGAGUUCUUGAAACAGAGAAGAAACUCAAAGACAUGAUGGAACAAGACCAAGUGCAGGAAGAAGAGAUAGAAGAAACGGGUAAGCGAGAAGAUGAAGUUAGUAGUAAGAAAGGAAGUGACAAAAAUGAAGAGGCUGAUCUAGAAGAAGGGAAGAAGCAUGAUAUGGCAAAAAAAGCAGAGAGUUUAAAAUCUGAUAAGGUUGUCGAGGAAGAGAUGAAGACAAGUCCUUCCCAAGAGGCAACAGAGACGAUCCAGAAGAAGCCAGAUGAUGAAAGCAAAGUGGAAAAGGAAAAAGAUGGAGACAAAGGGAAGGCUGAUCUAGAUGAAGGAAAGAAACGAGAUGAGGUAGAAGCAACUAAAUCUAAAUCAGACAAAGUUGUUGAGGGAGAUGAGAAGACAAGUCCACCAAAAGAAUCCAAAGAGAUGAUCCAGAACAAGACAGAUGAUGAAACCAAAGUGGGAAAGGAAGGAGAUGGAGACAAAGGGAAGGCUGAUUCAAAAGAAAAAACGAAGCAUGAUGAGGUAGAAGCAGAGAGUUCAAAACCAAACAAUGGUGUUGAAGGAGUUAAUAAGCCCAGUCCUUCCCAGGAUGAUCACAAUGAAAACAGUAAAGUUCAGGAGAAAAGAGAUGGAAACAAAGGGAACACUGAUCUAGAUGAAGGUAAGAUGACAAAUGAGGUAAAAGCAGAGAGCUCAAAACCAAAUGAGAAGAAAAAUCCACCACAAGAAUCAAAAGACACAAUCCAGAGCAAAGCAGAUGAUCACAGAGAAAUUAGCAAAGUGCAGGAAAAAAGAAAGGGAGCAAAGAACGGAGAUGAUUUAAAGAAACUUGAUGAUGGAGAAGCAAAGACUAAGAAGUCACAAAAAACUAUUAAGUUUGGUAAGAAGCCAGAUGAUCUGAGAAAUGACAACGCAAUGGGGGUAGAGGUUCAUGAAACAGCAUCACCAUCCAGGAAAUCAACAUCAAGUACAGCAAAACUGUUCAAGGCAUUUGGAAACCAAACCAAGAAAUGGGGAGGAGGAUGGCAAGAGAAUGAAGCAAUAGAUGAUACCUCUAAACUUCCUUCUAGUUUGAAGAAGUUGGAGCUAGAAUGUUUCCCUGAAAAAGACCCUCCAAGUUGGUUAAAUCCCAAAAACCUUGACAAACUUGCAAAGCUCUCCAUCAAAGGAGGAAAACUUAGCCGAAUCAGUGAUGAACUUCUUCCAACUACAGAAAACCAAUGGCCCGUUCAGAUCUUGCGUCUGAAGUAUCUGCAUGAAUUCAAGGUUGAGUGGAAAGAUCUGCAAGCACUGUUUCCAAAUAUGACACUGCUGGAGAAAUAUAAAUGCCCAAAAAUCGCGUUCUGUCCCACAGAUGGUAAUGGAGUCUGGAGGAAGCAACCUACAUCACCAAAUAUGUGAAGAGAAGCUGCAUAAUGGCAAGAUUCUUUGUAACAUCUGUAGAGAUAAUGUGUCUAUACACCCUGAAUAAAAUACGCAUUCCUGCGUAUUGUAAUUAAAUCUUUAUCGUAAAGCCAUAGAAUCACAAGAUGGUUCAAAUAGAAAUAAAUAUAAAUGUUUGAGAAAAGAAUAAACAAUCAAAACAAGGGUCUUAUUCA